AUGGAAGGUGAGACUUCAUUCGCCCUUGAUACUAGUCAAAUCUGCCAGGAUAUACGGAAGCGAUUUAGAAAGGGAAGGGAAGAGCAAGGCGAGUACUCCGGGGUUGGACUCCCUGCUGGUGUACUGAAUGUAUGCCCAUGGAUAGAGAAUACUUUGACAUGUUACUUGGAGCAAAAACAACAUCAAAUCACUGACUCCGAAUCAACCCGAAAGGCAAUGCUCUUGCAAGUCAUUUCCGCAGUUCUUUAUCUGACAUACUUCCGUUUCAGUGCCAGUUACACUUUAAAUAUGUGGACGGGAGCUUCGAAUGCACAGAAUAUGCGAGCUUCGAUUGCGCGGGAUGGGAGCUUCGAUUGUGCGGGACGGGAGCUUCGAUUGCGCGGGAUGGGAGCUUCGAAUGGACGGGAGCUUCAAACGGACGGGAGCUUCGAUUGCGCAGGUGGGAGCUUUGAAUCACGGAAUAUGGGAGCUUCGAUUGCGCGGGACGGGAGCUUCGAACGGAUGGGAGCUUCGAUUGCGCGGGAUAGAAGCUUCGAAUGGAUGGAAGCUCCGAAUGGAUGGAAUGAAAGCUUCGAAUGGACGGGAACUAUUAUGUACACGAUAACCUCGUACAUGUAG